CAAGGAAAUCAACUCCGUAAUCGCAAAUGACGAACAUAAUGUUAUCAGCAACACCGAAUUGUAUUGCAACUUUGUGGAUUCCUUUCACUAUGCAGCGUACACAGGGGCCUUUACGCUCCUCUCUCAAUCGUACUGUGCGGUCACUCUCACAAUCUUCAGCUUUCUCCCAGACAUUCUUAUAUCGAAAUUUCCUACACUCUUAUAGACUCUCCACACACUCUCACAUCCACCAACAAUCACAACUCGCUCUAUACAACACUCUACAAAUUCGACCGAUAGUCGCAUCCAUCUACCCAACUCAAAAGACGAUACUAGUCCGCGAGAUGUCUACCUCCCAGAAGACCAACCCAGAGAAUGAGGGCUCCGAUUUCUCGACUCGGUCGACACCAUCGAGCACUCCAGACUUCAUCCUCGACCUGGCCAAACAUGACCUAACCGAGACAGACCUGAAGAACGCGCACGAUCUUCUUGUCGACAUUGCAAUGGACGGCGGGAAGAUGAUGCUCGAGGCUGAACACGAGUUUCUCAUCAUCGCUGCAACCAAGAACAAUACCUCUGAUGUUGUCACAAAGUACGACAAACAGAUUGAGGCCAUGGUCGAGAACCGCACCCGAGCCGCAUAUCCUCGCUUCGGCUUCCUGGGCGAAGAGACAUUCAAGCACGGCACGAAGCUCGCAGACUCGCCCACUUUUGUCUGCGACCCCAUCGACGGCACGCUGAACUUCAGCAAGGGUGUGCCGAACUGCGCCAUCUCGUUGGGUCUGACUCUGAAUAAGAAGACCGUCGUUGGAGUCGUGUACAACCCUUUUCGAGGAGAUUUGUACACUGCCAUCAAGAAUCAGGGGUCGUUCCUGACCAAGACGAUGACUGGCACCAAGAUCAAACUCCCUAUGCAGCCUGUCCCGCCACCGAUGCCCGACCUCAAUGCAUGUCUAGUUGCUGUCGAGUGGGGCAACCAGCGCUCUGGUCCGAACUGGGCGCUUCGAACUGAUGUGCACAACAAGCUCCUAACCUCCAAGACAGAGGGCGGUGCAAUGUGCAAGUCAGUCCGCUCCAACGGCUCUGCUGCCCUAGACUUCUGCUACGUCGCUCAGGGCAUACUCGAUGUGUUCUGGGAGGGCGGCGUCUGGAUCUGGGACGUCUGCGCGGGAUGGAUCAUCCUCGAAGAGGCUGGAGGAAUAGUUGCGAGCGCCAACCCUGGGGACUGGGAUCCUACUCUCGAGGGCCGGCUGUACUUUGCGGUGCGCAACGCUAAGCGCGAGGAGCAGAAGGCGGUUGUGGAGGAGCUGUGGAACAUCAUGGGCGACCGCAAGUUCCAGUACUAGACGGUUGGCAUCAGUGCAUUUCCUAGCUCGCCUCCUAUCGAGCGCCUCGCGAUCCUACUAAUUUGUUCUCCCAUAUAUCCCGGCAUUGUGCUUGAUUCUCUUUUCGAUACCCACGGCGUUUUACCAUGGUUAUACAAGUCAUAUAUCUAGCGAUAGCUUUGCGAAGUGAAUCCAAAUUGAUAUGCAUUUCCCCUUGA